ACUUUACUUCGUCUACGUGGAAGAACUGUCAUUUUAUUUUAUUCUCAAAAGUGGUCGUGCGUGGUUUGGCUUUUAGUGUGGAAAAGAAAAAAAAUACUUUUCAUCACAAAAAUAAUAAAAUAAAAUAAUUGUUUUUUAAUUAAAAUAAUCUAAUAAAAUGCCUGCUCCUGCUAGUGCAACUUCCGUUGGAACUGGAAGCCGUUCCCCAAGCAAACUAUCUGCCCCCAGAAGCAGUGCUGCUGGUGGAAGCAAUGUUAAACAAAGGAAAACUACAACAACUGCUGCCAGAAGUCGCACCACAGGUGGAGCUGGCUCCGGAGGUAUGUGGCGAUUCUAUACUGAUGAUUCUCCCGGUAUUAAAGUUGGACCAGUUCCAGUUCUUGUAAUGUCACUGCUUUUCAUCGCUUCAGUGUUCAUGCUACACAUUUGGGGAAAAUACAACCGUUCUUAGGUACUUCAUUUAGAUGACGUCGACAGUUUUCUUAUUUUUUUAUUAAUUUCUUCCUUUCGUUUUUAAGUAAUAGUUUGUUUAGAAUUUUCUACUCUUUUAUACCCAAAUAGUGGGUUAAAUUAAAUACAAAAAAUAGGAAAAAAACAUAAAUUUUGUGUUGUAAAAGAUUGAAAUUAAGAAAAAACUAUUUAAUAAUGUAAUUCAUUCCACAAUUUGUAUGUGGCCAAGUAGAAAUAUAAAACUUAACAUAAUUUACAUAAACAAUAAAAUAC